GGCGAUGCCUCCAGGGCCUCUGCUGCGCCUUCCCCGGGAGGCCGCGGGCGGGCGCUUCGCAUUCCCCAUGGGCCGGCCGCGGGGAGGCUCUCCUGCGCGUGGCUCCGCUGGAGCGGGCACGGACGCGCUGUUCCGAGCGCAGCCCUCGCCUUGUCAGGAAUUUAGCCUCCAUUGUUCGUAUUAAACCCAUCUUGAUGGGUAUACGUGGUCUAAGGCACAGCGGAUUUGGCUCUGAGCGCUGUUUUGAUGUACCGAGUCUGCCUCGGGAGGGGCCCUUGGCGUGGCGCUCGAGUUUCACCUGAGCAGGCAUCCUAGGGAAGCAUGUUCAGGACUGAAGAGAAUGCCCUGCGCCGGUUCAGGGAAACAGUGCCAGCUAUAUGCUUACGGUCGUGUUAUGGUUAAAGCUCCUUCAGUUUCGGUAUUCGGUUGUACGUCGCUGUUUUUCUUCUCCGUUUACAAAACAUUAGUUGAGGUUAUCAAUGGGCCGAGUGAUCCAGGCUUUUCAGGUGAGGUGAAGGUGAAGAAGGGUGGUUUGUUGGUCUUUUUAAUGUAUGUCAUUUCUCCGGAGAGCUGAGUGAGAUAUUAUCUUCUGUGAUUGUGUCAUAGGUUGUCAAAUUCCCAGUGGCAGUCGUAGAUUUCACUUUCUUUGCCUUAAGUGUUGGUAACUCGCUUCUUACCUUUGGGAGUGAAAACAGUAUAAAAACCUUAAGAGUACUGUAAACAGUACUGGUUUGGAAACAAUGUUAUAUUUUAGAUUAAGACAGUGUUUAGAAAGACGGUGCUUAACCAAGUCCUUGCUUUUUUAUCUGAGUUAUUUUCAUCCGUUAAUUUUCUUUUUUCUUUCUUUGUAAUUUGAACAGAUUUAGUUAAGAGUGUUUUGGUUGAAAUAUAUGGCAGUAUAUGAAGAGAUCAGUUGAUAGCUUUUUGAAUUGAAAUAGUGGAGCUCUUCAAUAUUCUGCCAUAUUAGGUGUAUGUUUGUACUUAAGUACUGGUGUGAUUGUCUAAAUGGAUUCUGCCAGUCAACAUAUAGUAAAUGGUCUGUUGUGGUUAAUACUUCUUUGGAAAUCUCAUGUCAAGUCGUUUCUUUUUUUUAUUCAUACACUACUCAAACUCCCAACAAAAUAGUUGUUACGCUGUGUGCAGGCAAUCCUUUGUUCCUUAUUACUUUUUAAUUUACAUUUUCUUUUUUUUGGUAGAGUUCAACUGUAUCAGUGUGUAUAUAUAUGUACAUACAGACAAUAUUUUAUAUAUAUAGUAUAGUUAGUUACUGUAGGUGACUGAGGCCAAAGUGAUUUGAGGUGAAGUUACUUGGACUUGCUCAGUUUCCACUGUUACAAAGUGCAUCUAUAUCAGUAGACCUGCUUAAACAUGAAGUUGAUGUUGGCUCAAUCUGCCAGCUAGACACAGUAAUAGAGGUGUGAGAGCUUAGUUAAGAAGUCUCUAUCACCAGUCUGUUGACAGGAAAUUACGGCGGUGAUGAUAGCAACAACUGUUAUUAUUAGUAUUGAAAUACGUCACCUCAUAAAGCAUCUUUUAGAGAACUAUAAAAUUGCAACAGUUGGAAUGACAUAGUUAUGCUUAUCACAAUAUGGAAAGAUUAAAUAUCAGAGGAUGUGGCUUUGUUAACUGCCUUUUUUAACAGCUGUGAUUUUGGAGAGUUUCACAAUUCAUGGUUGAAAAUUUUACAGUAACUUAAAAAAGACUGGAAAUUAAUUUUGUACUUUUACACUGCAUGUUGCUCUUUCUGUAAUCACCUCUCUGUAUCUUCAUUUUUUCAAACAUCCUAUCCUGAAAAUUUCCUUAAGGGUUAGGGAAGUUGAGAUGAAAGUUAACUACUUCUUUAAGUUAACUUUUAGGUGGCUUGAGAACCCACCAGUGAUUCAGUAUAUAAUCUACAGGUGUAUAUCACAGAUUGAGUGAAAUAACUGGAAUUUUUCUGUUCUUGUUUUAUUACAAAAAUACACUGGAAAGUCAAGAAAAUGACUCUUAAAAAUCUGAGCAAAGCUGGAUCCAGAACGUCUUCUCACAAACGACCAAGUAAUGUGAUAAAUAACAGAGGUGGUGAUCUGGUAGCAGGCAAAAGAAAGAGUAAGUAACUGCAAUUCCUGGAGAAGGCUCCAGACUGCCAGCUUGUGGUGAAUGCAGCAGCACUGGUGUGGUGGUAGUCUAAAGAUACAGAUUUUCCAUAAAGGUUGCAGUCUGAGGUGUAUGUGAAAGAACAUAGUAAUUUAGGAAGACAGAUAAUUAGGAAAAUCUGCAAGGUAUCCUCACAGGAAGAACUCAAAACUUCCAUUAUUUAACUUCAGAAGAGUAAUUUUUUAAUGUGAUUUUUCCUCCAUUUAUGCAUUUACAAUCUUGUUAUCUGUUUCAGAUAUUGUGAAUAAACAUCUUUAUUUGCAUGGUUAACUGAACAUGACAUGAAUUAAAAGUGAUAUGAUAUUAAAUAAAUAUAAAUAAGUGAUUUCUCUCUCCAGUCCCUGGAGCAAACUGCAAGUAUCUGGCUCUCCAUUAUGUUUUGUAGAAUAGCAGAAAGCUAGGAGACCAUGCUUCCGAGGAAAUUGUUUGGGUUCUCUGGAAAAAAGCUAUUACAGGUUCAGAGAAGAAAGAAACAUCACUUAUGUAGCUGUAAGUAACCAUCUCUGUGUCAUUCUCAGUACUGGGGUAUACCUUGAACUUGGAAGGCUCUCAGGGAAGCUAUAGCAAGAGCCUAAGACCCGUCAGAAACUAAAUUAAAUUCUUAUAUUCUAUCUUACUGUGACAGAACUUAAAGUAUGCCUUCAAUACACCUAUUUCAAUAUUAUGUUAUUAGCCAAAUGUAGAUGUUUAGUGCUGCAGACAGAGUUUUGUGUGUUGUGGUCCCAGGGUCUCUCCAGUCACUGGGUUGUUCAUCUUAAUCUCAUUUUAUUGCUUCCUUCCUUGCAUUUCUUUCUUGGUAGUAAACAUAAUGUUGAUACUGCAGUGAUAAAUUGAUGUAGUUCUGUCUUUCUACAUUUGUAUUCAUUUGGAAACUAAAUGUUGAUAAUAACAGUGUAGUUAGUAGUGUUGAUGCCAUUCCCUUGUUUUAGCAAAACUGAGCACUUAAUAUUUAUCUUCAAACCUGCUCUGGUACACUUAUUUUCACUCAAACCUUUGGUUUCACCUCUAGUAACUUCUGCAUCAGUGAUGCAUUUUCCAUAUGAAGUCAUGAAGACUAAAACUACGUUAAGAGAUAACAGUUCUUAAAUAAAGCAGAAAGAAUUGCAGAUUUUCGUAUGCACUGAGGUAAUACAUUUAAUAAAAUGUUCUCCUUUCCUCCUUAUGUAGACUCCAGCCUCUUCCAAGAACCUAUCCAGGCAAUGUCAGCUUAAUGGUCAAAACCUUAAAAUAGAGGUCAGAAGUGCUAAAUUUGGAUGUCCAAUUUAGUUUCUGUUACAGGGUUAUGAUUUCUAAGAACUUGUAACAUAGGAAAGUACUUACAUUUAGCACACAUUCCCAUUUAUUUCUGUUGGUACUUGGCUCUGCUCAUCAGUUCCAGGAUGAGUGCUCAGAGAAUAAGGAAUGAGCAAUCACACAGUAGUUAGGAGCAAGCAUUCACUGCCAAAACCAUGGUGCCUUUGUGCAUUUAUAAUAAUUUCCUCAUAUGUUACAAGCACAACUGUUUAAUCUGUAUCAUCCUCACUCUGUAGCACAUCAGAGGUGUAUGUCACUGACUUUUGACUUGGAGUUGAGCACACAAUAGCAUGUUGACGGGAUUUACUCAUACUUGCCCUUUAUGUGGAGUGAGCAUGAUGCUGAAGUAUGUCUUUCAGGAAUGGUCAGUUUGAAGUUCUUAUUCUAGCGUUUCUAUUGGACCAAUAGAGAUUUUGUCUACCUGAUGAAGCCAUCAGUGUCAGAACUGAUUUACGUAUACAUGAGUUUGGAAGUUCUCUUUAUUAGGCAGCAUCAGGCCUUUGCUGAGGCAGUAGCAAAUCUGGGACAAAGUUGUGUAGGGCUCAUUACUACUUGUUAAAUGUUACACACAAGUUGGGUUCCUCUGUACAGAGGAAGCUACAGGCCAUGUUGGUUGCUCUUGGUGGUUCAGGCUUUUUUGUGGAUGUCAUGUGUUGAGUCCUUACUUCUGACUUAUUUUUCACUUUAUUUUUCCUUCCCAGAUUUUGAUGUCACCUUCUUGUAGUCCUUCCCCAUAUAAACGAGGAGGCAAAUUUUAUUUCUGAAUGAGCCGAUCUAUUUUUGGAUUCCUUCUGUGACAAAUGACUAGGGAUUCUAGCAAUCGAACUUCCUCCAUUGCAAACCAUCUUAAUCAUCUGCAGACCAGGUAUCUUCUGAAAUCCAAACCUGAUCAGGAGAACAACCACAGAAACUAAAAGAAAUUGUAUUUCUCAAAAAUCAUUGUGUAUCAGAUACAGCGUCCAGAGGAGUGGCCUCAAUCCUCACCUUCUACUGUGCAACAGUUAUGAGCACAUAUUGUAGAGAGCAUCUUAAAACUGCAAAAUUCUGAAGGUUCUAAGGAGUGAGGAGUGAAUUCCAAUUCUUUCUGGUCCCUUCAGCAGCUAGCUGUCCGGCCCAGGAGAGGGAUACAAAGUUGCAUCCAAAGUAGUGAUUCUGUUGAGAAUUUGUCAACUAGUGGAAGUGAAAGCUGGUAGGCAGAAGAUCCUCCUUCUGUGAAGUUUUCCAUGCAGUGAGUCAGCAUUGGCAACUUGUUUAACAGUUUGAUGCUGACAGCUGUGAGGAUUCUGAAGGACUGAGACUGAAGCCCCUUGCACAUGUUGAACUGGUGUGAAAAAAUGUGCUGAGGGGUCUGUUGCCAUCAAACUAGGGAUCAGAGGGCUUCUUAUUUUUGGCUUGAAAUUGAACCAUAUUCUUUUGAGUUACCAUGUCUUGCCUGUGAGGUGGAAAAGACGAAGGUAACAGAUCUUUGAGGUUAUAGGCACUUGUGCUGAGGUCAAAUACCCCCGACAAUACUACAUACUGUUCUACAUGGGCUAAUGUACUAAUACUUAAAAUGGAGAGGUUGAGCAUCCUGCUCUGGUAGCCUGUCAUAAAGUCAAUGGGAAAUUAUUUAGAAGUCUAAGACUCCUAAUACAGAGGUUUUGUUGAGUCCUGAUCUUUGUGCUGUUACUCUGAAAUACCAUAUGAAGGAAUGGCAUGAGGUCUGUGUCCUAGCCUGGAUGCUCCAGAGCGAAAACUCCACACACCACCUUCUUACUGAGAGUAAUUGGAAGAAUCUAGAAGCAUGAGUUUAAAUUACAGAAAAGUGGUCAAAUGGUGCAAAUACCAGUAAGGAGUACCGCAUUAUCAAAGGGAUGUCCAGGAACUAUGGAAUGCUGUAGCCCACCUGGCAGAAAAAAGAAACUGGGAAAAAGCCAGACUUGAUGUGUGUCGGACACAUUAGAAUGUGGACACCAUCAAGGUUUCUGUGGAAAACUUGUCUUCACUUAAAAAGUAUUUGUACAGCUGCACCACAGAUACACGUGAAUUAUCACUUAAAAGAUAAACCAACAUAUUUCCUUACCAUAAUCUUAUUAGGUUUUUGACAUUAUUAAUUUUUAUACUCUGCACAUUUGUAUACAUGAUAUGGUAUGGUAUGAUACUUGCUCUUUAAUAUGUUUCUAUCACAGGUUGUAUUCCAGCGCAACAACACUAACUUAUAUCAGCAUGUUGUAAGACUUCUGAGACUGGUGGCAGGAUCACUAAAACAAUUUAACUGGAGAGUAGUUCCUCACAGGUAAACAUUACCAAAUGAGGAGAAAAGGAAGAUGCCAUCGAGUAUCGGCAGCAAGGCAUUCUUCUUCCCCAUGCAGUAUUAAGCACUCCCCGACACGAGAAACCUUGACAUACGCUCAAGCUCAAAGGAUGGUUGAAAUAGAAAUUGAAGGUCGCCUGCAUAGGAUCAGUAUCUUUGAUCCUUUAGAAAUUAUAUUAGAAGAUGAUCUUACUGCCCAGGAAAUGAGUGAAUGCAACAGCAAUAAAGAAAAUAGUGAAAGACCACCAGUUUGUCUAAGAAGCAAACGCCAUAAAAAUAACAAAGUGAAAAAGAAAAAUGAAGCUCUUCCGAGCUCACAUGGUAUACCUGCUACAACAGCUCCUCUUCCAGAACCAAAAGUACGGAUUGUUGAAUACAGUCCCCCUUCAGCUCCUCGGAGACCUCCAAUUUAUUACAAAUUUAUUGAGAAGUCAGCAGAAGAACUUGAUAACGAAGUUGAGUAUGACAUGGAUGAAGAAGAUUAUGCAUGGUUAGAAUUGAUCAAUGAUAAGCGGAAAAGUGAUGGAGUGUCUGUUGUUUCCCAAAAUAUGUUUGAAUUCCUUAUGGAUAGGUUUGAAAAAGAGUCUUAUUGUGAGAACCAAAAACAGGGUGAUCAUCAGUCUUUAAUUGAUGAAGAUGCAGUGUGUUGUAUAUGCAUGGAUGGUGAAUGUCAGAACAGCAAUGUGAUCCUGUUUUGUGAUAUGUGUAAUUUAGCAGUACAUCAGGAAUGCUAUGGGGUGCCAUAUAUACCUGAGGGCCAGUGGCUCUGCAGACACUGUUUGCAGUCCCGCUCUCGGCCUGUAGACUGUGUGCUGUGCCCAAACAAGGGAGGUGCCUUUAAAAAGACAGAUGAUGAUCGUUGGGGACACGUGGUGUGUGCUCUGUGGAUUCCAGAAGUUGGAUUUGCCAAUACGGUUUUUAUUGAGCCAAUUGAUGGUGUCAGGAACAUUCCCCCAGCCAGAUGGAAGUUAACAUGCUACCUCUGUAAACAGAAAGGUGUUGGUGCCUGCAUCCAGUGCCACAAAGCAAACUGCUAUACUGCAUUCCAUGUGACGUGUGCUCAAAAGGCUGGUCUGUAUAUGAAAAUGGAACCUGUGAAAGAACUAACUGGCAGUGGAACAACAUUCUCUGUGAAAAAGACUGCCUAUUGCGAUGUACAUACUCCACCAGGUUGCACACGGAGACCACUCAAUAUUUACGGAGAAGCUGAAAUCAAAAACGGUGUUUGCAGAAAGGAGGGAUCAGUCAGAACUGCUAGGUCUACAUCAAAAAUCAGGAAAAAGACAAAAAAAGCCAAGAAAACAGUGGUUGAACCCUGUACAGUUAUGCCAACAGUAUCUGCUCCUUAUAUUCCCCCCCAGAGAUUAAAUAAGAUUAUGAAUCAGGUGGCCAUUCAGCGAAAGAAGCAUUUUGUUGAACGAGUGCACAGUUACUGGUUGCUCAAAAGACUGUCUAGGAAUGGUGUUCCACUCUUGAGAAGGCUGCAAUCCAGUUUACAGUCACAAAGAAACACACAACAGAGAGAAGAUGAUGAAGAAAUGCUAGCCUUAAAAGAAAAAUUGAAGUACUGGCAAAGGCUGCGCCAUGAUCUUGAAAGAGCACGUUUAUUGAUAGAACUUAUACGUAAGCGUGAAAAAUUAAAAAGAGAACAGGUCAAGCUUGAGCAGGUUACUAUGGAACUUCAGCUUAUUCCAUUCACUGUACUUCUGCGAUCGGUUCUGGAUCAGCUGCAGGAAAAGGAUUCUGCUCGUAUAUUUGCUCAGCCGGUGAACCUUAAAGAGGUUCCAGACUAUUUGGAUCAUAUUAAACAUCCUAUGGAUUUCUCUACCAUGCGGAAACGGUUAGAAGCUCAAGGCUAUAAAAACCUCACUGAGUUUGAAGAAGACUUCAAUCUGAUCAUAGAUAACUGUAUGAAGUACAAUGCAAAAGAUACAAUAUUUUAUAGAGCUGCAGUGCGGUUACGAGAUCAAGGAGGUGUAGUUCUCAGGCAAGCCAGGCGAGAUGCUGAAGGAAUUGGUUAUAACAAUGAAACUGGAAUGCACUUACCAGAACGGCCUAAACUUGAGUCACCCCAGCCUUUCUCUUGGGAAGAUGUGGAUAGGUUACUGAAUCCUGCAAACAGAGCACAUAUGUCCUUGGAAGAACAGCUGAGAGAGCUGCUAGAAAAACUUGAUCUCACCUGUGCAAUGAAAUCCAGUGGGUCAAGGAGCAAAAGAGCAAAGCUGUUAAAGAAAGAAAUCAGCAUUAUUCGCAACAAACUCAGUCAGCAACACAACCAAGCUCCUCAAAUAGAGUCAGGUAUUGGAAGUUUCGAGGAAGAAAGUGCGGCAUUAGAUCAAGAUGGAGAAGAAGAAGGAGAUAAAUCUCCCCCUAAACUUGAACCAUCAGAUGCAUUACCUCUUCCUUCAAACUUGGAGACUAAUUCAGAACCACCAACCCUCAAACCAGUAGAACUCAAUCCAGAGCAGAGUAAGCUUUACAAAAGAGUAAAAUUUGAUAAUGAAUUAUAUAGCACUUCCAUUCAGAAAGAAAUAAAUGGACACACUCCAGAACACUUACUUGACAGUAAUCUCAAUGAGUCGACUGUUUCUGCUGUAGCUGAGUCAUCAACUGAUGUAAACAGACGUACAUCCAUUCUCUUCUGCAAAUCGAAAAGUAUAAGCCCCCAAAAGUCUGCAAAGAACACUGAAACCCAGCCAACUUCUCCACAGCUAGGGACCAAAACCUUUUUGUCUGUAGUCCUUCCAAGGUUGGAGACACUUCUGCACCCAAGGAAAAGAUCAAGGAGUGCAUGUGGAGAUUCUGAGGUUGAUGAUGAGUCCCCUGUAAAGCGCUUGGAUACAGGUCUAUCAAAUGGUUUUGGAGAUGAAAGUAAAGAGAGAGCAUUAGAUGAUACUCCAGGAAGAAAAGUUGAACCUCGUCGCCGCUGUGCAUCAGAAUCUAGUAUUUCAUCUAGUAACAGUCUCUUGUGUAACUCAAGUUUUAGUCUCCCGAAGUGUGGGAAGGGUAAACCUGCCCUGAUACGGAGACACACGCUGGAAGAUCGAAGUGAACUGAUAUCUUGCAUUGAAAAUGGAAACUAUGCCAAAGCAGCAAGAAUUGCAGCUGAAGUUGGGCAUAGCAGUAUGUGGAUUUCAACUGAUGCUGCAACAUCUGUUCUUGAGCCUCUAAAAGUAGUAUGGGCCAAAUGCAGUGGAUAUCCCUCUUACCCAGCUCUGAUUAUUGACCCUAAGAUGCCUCGUGUUGCUGGCCAUCACAAUGGUGUUACUAUACCAGUGCCACCUCUGGAUGUACUGAAAAUUGGAGAACAAAUGCAGACCAAAUCAGAUGAGAAACUAUUCUUAGUACUAUUUUUUGACAACAAAAGAAGUUGGCAGUGGCUUCCCAAAUCCAAAAUGGUUCCCCUUGGGAUAGAUGAGACCAUAGACAAGUUAAAAAUGAUGGAAGGACGGAACUCGAGCAUACGAAAAGCAGUAAGAAUUGCUUUUGAUCGUGCUAUGAAUCACCUGAGUCGAGUCCAUGGAGAGCCAGUCAGUGACUUCAGUGAUAUUGACUAACAGAGAUUCUCUAGCAAGGCAUGAAAAAUACCACAGAGACUUGAACUCUACUAAUGAACCUCUUUGUCUAAAAGAAUGUAUUGAAGAUACAACCCCUUAAUUGUUGAUUCAGUGGCUGAGUUCUGCAAACUUGAAAUAGUUGAGCAAUUCUUCUAAAUCACCAUUGCCAUAUUGAUUAAUUAUUUUAUUGUGUUGUAGAUUGGAGGAUUUUCCACUAAACCUGUUAAAAUGUCUUGUUCAUAGUGUUCAUAAUUGUACAUAAAUGUAUAUUCAACACUUAACUUAUUCUGAUUUUAGAAGUAGCUCCUUAAAUCCUUUUAUAAUUUUGUUGGGGAGGGAAUUGGUUUUUGUUUUUUCCAUGCUUUUUACUUUUUUUUUUCUUUCUUUCUGAGGUUGUUACCUAAGCACCAUCUUCCAGCUUGAGGUGUUUAGUGGAUCUUAAAGCCUAAUAUCAAAAUGGCAUCAAAUAUAUGUUUGCCUAAAUCAUAUACAGUAUGGUGCUGCUUGUAUCAUUUCUUCCUUGGUCUGUAGCUUCUGAAAAAGACUUCUGAAUGUUUGUGUAAAUUGUUGCUCUUUGCACAAAGUACCACAUAUUUAAGAUUGAUGUAAAUUUACAAUUACAAAUAUGUAUUUUAAGAAAGGAAGUUGCAUUAUUUUGGAGGGUACUUUGUGAGAAAGACAUCAAUAAAAAUUAUACUAUGUACAUCACUUGCAAAUCACCAAAAACACUCCAUUGUUGCCCAAAAUGACUUAAGGUUGUUACUGUUUUAAACAAACCUGGCUUAAAGCCUGCAAGCACAUUAUUUCUUUCAAAACCAUAUCCCAUUUAUCUCUCAUUGGUUUAAUUUUGUUGAUAUGUGUGCCUCCCUGUGUUUUAUUUAUUGUAGAAAAUGUAUUAAUUUGCUUUAUAAUGAAAAAUAAAAUUGACAAAUAUAUUGAUAUGCAUUUUUAUACAGGCACAUGAGAAGACAACUUGCUUUGGGAGAAAAAUGUAUUGGAAAUUGUAUAAAAUAACUCGAUGGUUUGUGUGUAAUUCGGUUUUUUGGUAACUUGUAAUCUUUUGUUUCCAAUGAGGGGAUUUAUGUAACUUUUAAUUUAGAACACUUUGGUAGCAAUAGAAACUUUGGAUACAUUUUUGUAUGGUACAUGUGAUGUAUAUAGAAUUAGUACUUUAUUUUUAUUUUUAAGAAGUAAAGCAUUAUGUUUGGGCAGGGGGAAGAAGGAGGGUGGGUUUCCAGAACUGCGUUUUUAUAUUAAAAAGAAAAAAAAAUAAAGUCAAGAUAUUGAUUGUUGUAGC